AUGCCGAACCUGGUGCAAUUGCCCCUCACCGAGGGCUGGAGCUUCCGAGACCGCGAUGACGCCGAUGGAUGGAUGCCCGUGCCAACCGUGCCGUCUGCCGUGCAGCAGGACCUCAUAGCCAACAAAAAACUCGAGGAUCCCUUCAUCGGAUUCAACGAGCUCAAAGCCCGUUGGGUCAACGAAAAGUCAUGGACCUAUCGCAACAAGUUCCAGAAACCCGCGGCACCCGCCGGUGCGGCCAUUGUCUUGGCCUUGGACGGCCUAGACACGUUUGCCACGGUCAAGCUGGAUGACCAGGUCAUCUUGAAAAGCGACAACAUGUUUCUGGCGCACCGGGUGGACGUGACCGAUGCGUUGAAGGAGGAGGGCGAGCACACUCUCGAAAUUGAAUUUGACUGUGCCUUCCUGAAAGCGCGCGAGCUGCGUGACCAACACCCGAACCAUGUAUGGGUUGGGUUCAAUGGCGAUACAUCACGCCUGGCGGCUCGCAAGGCGCAGUACCAUUGGGGCUGGGACUGGGGUCCAUUCCUGAUGACGGCGGGGAUAUGGCGCCCAGUGCGGUUGGAAGUGUACACCGCGCGUGUUUCGGAUCUGUGGCCUCAAAUCAAGCUGGCGGCAGAUCAUGAGACGGCUGAAGUGACAGCCACGGCCACGGUGGAAGCCGUCACGGGAGACAAAUACACGGCUCGGUUCCGCUUGAGCCUGGAGGGACGCGAGAUCGCCCUUCAGGAUAUCCCUGUCGGUGAAGAUAAAACAGCAGAAGUCGCAUUUCGCAUCAACCAGCCAUCUUUGUGGUGGCCCCACGGCUACGGCGAGCAAACUCGCUAUGAGGUGUCGGUGUCAUUGCUGUCGAGAGAUGAGGAAGUAGAUUGCACCGCUAAAAAGUUUGGAAUUCGGACAGCAGAGGUAGUCCAGCAGACGGACAAGCAUGGCAAAUCGUUUUACUUCCGGAUCAACGGAAUGGACAUUUUCUGCGGUGGCUCAUGCUGGAUUCCGGCCGAUAGUCUACUGCCUAAUAUUACUGCGCAGCGGUACCGCGAUUGGAUUAAGUUGAUGAAACAAGUUAACUGGGAGUCAAGAGUCUGGGGCGGUGGCAUCUACGAAGACGAUACCUUCUACGAAGCAUGCGACGAGCUUGGUGUAAUGAUCUGGCAAGACUUCAUGUUUGGAUGCGGGAAUUAUCCCACAUGGCCGGGUCUUCUCGACUCAGUGCGCCAGGAGGCUAUCUACAACGUGCAACGACUACGCCACCAUCCAUCCAUCGUGAUCUGGGCUGGCAACAACGAGGAUUACCAGGUACAGGAGUCGUCGGGUCUGACGUACAACUACGACGACAAGGAUCCGGAGAGUUGGCUGAAGACGGAUUUCCCGGCUCGCUACAUCUACGAGAAGCUACUGCCGGAGGUGGUAUCCGAACACUCACCUAGCACAUUUUAUCACCCCGGAAGCCCAUGGGGUGAUGGGAAGAUCUCGUCUGAUCCCACGGUUGGGGACAUGCAUCAGUGGAAUGUCUGGCACGGAACGCAAGAAAAGUACCAGAUCUUCGACACGCUGGGCGGCCGGUUCAACAGCGAGUUCGGCAUGGAAGCAUUCCCUCAACGAAGCACGAUCGACUACUUCAUCGAGAACAAAGAGGACCUAUUCCCGCAGUCGCAUGUAAUGGACUUUCACAACAAAGCCGACGGCCACGAACGACGGCUGGCAACGUACCUAGUCGAGAAUCUGCGCAGUAGCACGGACCUCAAUAUCUACAUCUACCACACGCAGGUAAUUCAAGCCGAGACAAUGAUGUUCGGAUACCGGGGCUGGCGACGGCAAUGGGGGGACGAGCGACACUGCGGCGGCGCCCUUCUAUGGCAGCUGAACGACUGCUGGCCGACAAUCUCCUGGGCAAUAGCGGACUACUUCCUAAACCCGAAACCAGCCUACUACGCCGUGAAGCGGGUUCUCAACCCCAUUGCCGUGGGCGUGCGUCGCUCGCACCACGACUGGAGUGUCGCGCACGCCUCACCACCGAAAACCAGCCGGUACGAGCUUUGGAUCGCUAGCAACAAGCCAGCACCUGUCCACGGCAACGUCGAGCUGCGCUUCAUAUCCACCAACACGGGGUGCGACAUCCGGCCGCCGAUAGUGCGGAAUGACAUCCUCAUCGCAGCGAACGGCACGACGAACAUCAUAACCGACGGGGUGAUAGACUACACCGCCGAACCAGAACCGCACGUCCUCUCCGCGCGCUUAUGGGUCGACGGCCGCAUCGUCGCGAGGGACGUGGACUGGCCGCAACCUUUCAAAUACCUUGAUUUCUCUGGCCGCGGCCUUCAAGUCGAAGUUAAGAAGGGUAAGAGUGGUGUUGAUGAGAAGAUAUUGGCUAUUCAUACGCAUAAGCCGGUUAAGUGCCUCGUUAUUCAAGAGUGUGAUGGUUUGAGACUGAGUGAUAAUGCGAUGGAUAUUAUGCCUGGCGAUGAGCAGACGGUAGUUUUGACCGGAGUUGCGCCGGAGAGGGUUUAUUAUCGGUAUUUGGGAUUGGAGGGUUCUGAAGGGGAGAGCCUGUCUUUACUUUGA